UCAGAGAGGUUAAUCUCUCUCUCUCUCUUGUUCACUCUGUGCCUCAGUCUCUCCCUCCCUCUUUCUCCUUUUGUUGCGGCCCCUCACUUUCUCAACACUUGGACAGAGGGAACUGAUACUGCGCCUGGACCACUGUGAAUCUGUUGUUUGAGUGUCCUGUCUCCACUCCAGGGCUUUGUGGAUUGAACCUUGCAUGAACAUGACUGAGGGGACCCCGUAACAUACUCCUCUUGGUGCACAAAGCAAACUGAUGGAACUCAGCGCCUUUGGAUAGACCGUAGAAACAAGUGGAGCAUCGUACUUCACUGAAGUGACAGACACCGUCGGGAGAUCACCUUCUGGAUUCGGCUGUUGUGCUGACAUCAGGAACUGAAACAAGGUUUUUGCACGGGACUCUCAGUGUCCUGCACGGCGUUCCUUCCCAUGGACCUCAGGGUGGGAGAGAGGGGGAUGCGCCCUGGUUCGGAAACAGCGCUUCUCACCCCGCUGCACCAACCUUUACUCCUCACACCCUUCACCCCGCAACCCCACAGCGCCUUCUCCCAGCAACAGCUGCAUCAGCAAAUCAGGUUUAAUAUGGAGCAGAGGAGGCGAGAGCAGGAGCAACAUGAGAAACAACAAGAACUGCAGCAGCUAAAGCACAAAGACAGAAGUCAGCAGAGUGCUGUGGCGAGUUCAGCGGUAAAACAGAAACUCCAGGAGGUGAUUCUCAAGAAGCAGAAACAGGCAGCGCUUGAAAGAACAAACUCCAACACUCUGAACGUACAUCCUGUACCAUACAGAAAGCUUGGCCCAGACCCUAAUGUGGCCUCCCAGCCUUUGGUCUCAUCUCCACCACAGCCUCCGUCUGAGGGCUUGGAGGGGACACCACUGCGCAGAGCAGCAUCGGAGCCCAAUCUGAAGGUGAAGCACAAGCUGAAGAAUCACCUCAAAACCAGAAAGAGUCCCCUCACCCGCAAGGAAAGCGCCCCGCCCACCAUAAAGCACAGAACCCCGGACGCCCUUGCAGACUCUUCCCCCAGCAGCAGCAGCACUCCCGUCUCUGGUUGUAGUUCUCCUAAUGACAGUCUGCCCAACGAGAACGGACUGCUGCCAUCUGCAGGCGGCCCUUUGCAUGAGGCUCACAAGCUGCUGCUUAGAGAUGGAAACUUGUCUAACUUCACCAUCCAGAAUCCGUCCACUCUACCCACCAUCACACUUGGACUGCCAGCCAACCAAAGGGCUGAAGUGGAGCUGCCCUCACUGAAAGUCGGCCAUAUUCCUGUGGUCACCGCCGGGGGCUCGCCUGUCUUCCUCCCCCUCAGCAGAGACGAUCAAGCAGGGCAGAUGAACCCACACUUACCGGUUAUCAUCCUGGAGCCUUCUGGACUCAUGCGCACCCUGGUUCCAGGCCUCGAUCCCGUCCCUCUGCAGUUUGCCCCGCAGUUAGAUCGCCUUUCUCCUGGAGGCAUUCAGACCCGUAAGCCCCUAAGCAGAACCCGCUCCGAGCCCCUUCCUCAGAGCCCUCGAGCUCUUCACAACCAUCUGGUCCAACAGCAGCACAAUGCACAGCUGCUGGAGAGGCUCAAACAGCAGACUCACCUGGGAAAGCUGAUGUCUAAGUCCAGCGAGAAGCCAAGACUUCAUCAAAUCCCAUCUGAGGAAAUGGACUCAGAGGACGGCGGGACGUCCCCCACUGAGACCAGUUAUCACAGCAGAGUGCGAGCGGAGUCGCUGAGAGAGGUGGAGCCAGCGGGAUCCAAGGCCCGUGACGAGCAAAUCAACCUACAACAUGCUCUCAUACUUAACCAGUCGCUGCUGUAUGAGCAGCAGAAGCAGCUGCAGCAGAUGCAUCAACAAAUGGAGACCCUGGCUGUGCCUGUGUUUCGUAGCAGCGGAGGGGCAGCCUGUGGGUUGGGCGUCCACCCGGCCCUGUCGCGUACUCGCUCUUCCCCCGCCUCCACCUCGCUCACCGCACCGGAGAAUCCCCUCAGCCGGACAACGCAGGAAACUGCCAGCAAACCCCGCUUCACCACCGGGUUGGUGUACGACUCUCAGAUGCUAAAACACCAAUGCACAUGUGGAGAUAACAGCAGCCACCCAGAGCAUGCUGGGAGAAUACAGAGCAUCUGGUCACGGCUGCAAGAGAGAGGCCUGAGAGGGCAGUGUGAGACUAUCCGAGGUCGUAAAGCCACUUUGGAGGAGCUGCAGUCGGUCCAUACUGAGCGUCAUGUGUUGCUGUACGGCACAAACCCCCUCAACAGGCUGAAACUGGACAACCGCAAACUGGCUGGAAUCCUAUCGCAAAGGAUGUUUGUUAUGCUGCCAUGCGGGGGAGUCGGGGUAGACAAUGACACCAUCUGGAAUGAAUCGCAUACCUCCACGGCGUCACGGAUGGCAGCGGGCAGCGUGGUGGAGCUGACCUUCAGGGUGGCCAAAGGAGAACUCAAGAAUGGCUUUGCUGUAGUCAGACCUCCAGGACAUCACGCUGACCCCUCCAAUCCAAUGGGCUUUUGUUAUUUUAACUCUGUGGCCAUUGCUGCCAAGCAGCUCCAGCAGAAGCUCAAUGUUAGUAAGAUCCUCAUUGUAGACUGGGAUGUUCACCAUGGUAAUGGCACCCAGGAGGUGUUUUACAGCGACCCCAGCGUUCUCUACAUUUCGCUUCAUCGCUAUGACGAUGGGAACUUCUUUCCUGGCAGCGGCUCACCGGCUGAGGUUGGUUCUGGAGCCGGUAAGGGUUUCAAUGUGAACGUAGCCUGGAUCGGAGGACUGGAGCCGCCCAUGGGAGAUGCAGAGUACCUCGCUGCGUUCAGGUCUGUGGUGAUGCCCAUUGCCCAGGAGUUCUCUCCAGAUGUGGUUCUGGUGUCGGCUGGGUUCGACGCCGCUGAGGGAAACCCUGCUCCGCUGGGAGGCUACAAAGUCUCUGCCAAAUGUUUUGGCUUCCUGACCCGUCAGCUCAUGUCUCUUGCUGGAGGCCGUCUAAUUUUGUCCCUUGAGGGAGGUCAUGACCUCACAGCUAUCUGUGACGCUUCUGAAGCCUGUGUCAGUGCUUUGCUGGGCAUACAGGAAACGAUGCCAGAGGAAAUUCUGCUUCAGAAACCCAACGCCAACGCAGUGCGUUCCCUGCAGACUGUCAUAGAGAUACAGAGUCAGUUCUGGCAGAGCGUGAAGUCCCAGAGUGGAUUGGUGGGCCUGUCGUACAUGGCCGCUCAGAGUAAAGACUGCGAGGAAACAGAUGCUGUAAACGCUUUGGCCUCUCUCUCAGUGGGAGUUAUAACCAACAAAAGGACCCUGGACGAGCCAAUGGAUGAUGACAGCGACUCCAUGUAGGAGGACCUAUAGAAGUCCCCUUUUCAGAAGUGAUCCUCAUCAGACAGGAUGUCCUGACGCUGUCAUUUAUUUUGCAAUGCCACUGAGCCCCCCCCACCCCCCACCAGUUAGCCUUCCUCACUCCAGUCCACAAGCCGCCACACGAUGCCGAACCUCAAACCUGGGAACCACUUGUAGCACUACCAGCAGCUGAGAAACCUCGGGAACCUCACCAAAGAGCAAUACAAGUCCACUCUAACAGACUCCUCAUCUCUUCUUACUGACAUCCAUGCAAACAAACUUAUGAUGGAAGAACAUAGAGAGGCGCACGGAGAUCCUUGAAGCACUGUGCACCAGCAGCUGAUUUAAUGCCUUAACUUCCUGUCGUUGUAAAGCCCACCAUCAGGUUUCAUGGCGAGGAGACUUUGACUGAUAAACUCUGCUCCUCUGCCGCUUCGCCUCAGGUGUCCGGGCUGAAGCAAAAGCUGACCAAACAGGAUACUAAACAUACCUACUGUGUGACAUCAGGCGAAAGCUCAUAUGGUCGACGGAUAAACACGCAAUAAUAUGACAAAGAAGGAAGAAUAGAACAAUGAGAAGUAGAGACAGUUUAACCACUAGACCAUGACAGUAAAGAACUCAAGGAGAGGAGUGAAUGAAGACACAACAUGGACAACUGUGGUUUUUCUUUUUUUUUUUUAAAAGGACAAUAGUCCUUUGUUGUUUUAUUGCACUGUUCAUUCCUUAAUGUGAACCAUAAGAAAUUCCAAAGCUCUGGGAUCACACAAUUCCUCUUUGUAGUUUAUUUUUUCCAAGAUCCGGAUAAAAUAGUGUUCGUUAUGUUUUUCCGACUCUCAUUUUGUUUCCUACUCAGUCUUUCAGUGCCGACCGAAAUACUGUAGAGUUGUAUUUUCUGCGAGCUAAACCAUAACAGUAGGCGAGAUUAUUUUUUUCCCACUGCUGUUCAGUGUCUUAUUCUGUCUUGCAUAGAGACAUAAAACUCAUUCCGACGUGUACAAAUCAAAGAUGAACUAUUAUUGUACCACUAGUAUUGAAUGCUAUAUGUUAAUGUUUAUUUUUAAAGACUAAAGGCGUGAUCAUUCCACCCUGGCACCACUGAAGACCAUCGUAUUGUUCUACGCACGCAGUACUGUUGAUGCACUUAACACGACUAGAGAUGCACCAAUCAGAUUUCUGUGGCUAAAGUCCGAUCUCUUUUCUAAAGCUCUCUUCUUCUUUAGCUUAAUAACGAUAAUUUGAAUAUUUCUCAUUAAUAUUAAGGCAAACUCAUCUAACAUGACACCUAAAAAUUCACAAAAGCAUACAAACGAGAAAAUUAAAAGUAAAGUCUCAAAAACAGGCUUAUUUAUAAAGAAUAAUGACAUGCAAUAAGAAGACAUAGACUUUAUUAGUUAGAAAGGAUCCCUGCUUUAUGUCAAACUUCUGCAGGUUAACAGGUUUCGUUUUAUUUUCCAUAACCAGUUUUUUUCCAUUCAUAGUACCAAAAUCUCUUUUAACAAGUAUAAAUAAAACUUAGUUGGUAGGAAGAUUUUAAAGUCAAUGAAAUUAGUUCAUUAGCACCACCAUAGUUGUAGUAAUUUUAAGAGCUUCCAAUUAUUUCCAGAUUGGGAUUAAGAUGUUGCUGCAGGAAUAUCUUCUAAAAAAAAUUUAUAUAUUUAUUAUACAAAAUUAUAUGCAAAAAUUCAGUGCUUAUUAAACAAAACCUGAAUUAGGAAGCCUGGGACUGCUUCAGUUAGCAUACAGAUAGGAUUUUGAUUGAUUGAUGAAUACUACACACUUUAGCCUUAGGAUAAUCCAGCCUGUAAUAAAAAAUGCUUGUUUUGAGUAUGGGUUGAGCACUGGUGUAGUGAGUAGCACUGCUGCCUUGCAGCAAGAAGGUUCUGGGUUCGAUUCCUAUUCCCUUUCUGCAUGGAGUUUGCAUGUUCUCCAUGAGCAUGCAUGAGUUCUCUUCCUCCCA